CCAUGAUGAACGGAUGAGCGGCGUGCUGCUGCUGGGUCUCUCAGAGCGACUUGGAUUCACACGCACACACACACACACGCGCGCGUCUACACACAUACAGUAUACACACAGACACGUACACACGCGUAUACACAAGCCUGUGUACACACACACACAUUGGUAUACACACACGGAUCCAUAACAUUCAGUUUACGCACGCUCAAUUCUUCACGUUCAAUAUACACAUAGAUAUGUGCACAUCUCUACAGAUACAGUGCACGCGCCUGUGUGUACACGUACACACGUUUGUAUCAACACACACAUCACUAUACUAAUGCAUACGCGUAUAUUAUAAACACAUCCAUACACAAGAAUACCCACAUAUACUAUUACAGUAUAUACACAUCACAUACAUACACACCUCCAUAUACAGCAGGCACAUUCACACACAUCCAAAGCGACACCGACACAUCCAUAUACACAUAUCCUCACAAGCAUUGCCACACAAUCACACGUAUACACACAACACAUGCAUACAUCCAAGUACAGCAUACACCCACGCAUUCAUAUAUAUUACACACACACACAUCCUCUCACACACACACCUACACACACAUCCACACACACACAUCCACACACACACACACAUCCACACACAUACACCCACCCACACACAUCCACACAUACACACACAUCCACACACACACACAUCCACACACACACACAUCCACACACACACACAUCCACACACGUGUGUACGUGCCAAUCAGCAUUGAGAAGGAGGCUGCGACUUCACAUCUCGCGCUAAGGAAGAUUUGAACACAGAACCCGGUGCCUUCGAGGACUUCGUGCUUUGCAGAGCGGUGGGACAGAGACGGAAGGAGAGGGACGGGGAGGGGCGGGUACCCCCAGCGCCGUGACCACGCCGUGACAGAGGGAGAGACCACGCGUGACGGAGCGAUGAAUAAGCUGCGGCAGAGUCUGCGCAGGAAGAAGGAGAACUACGUGCCGGAGGCGAGCCGCCCGCACCAGUGGCAGGCGGACGAGGAGGCGGUGAGGCGCGGCCACUGCAACUUCCCCGUCAAGUACCUGGGCUGCGUGGAGGUGGACGAGUCGCGGGGGAUGCACGUGUGUGAGGAGGCCGUGAAGAGGCUCAAAGCGACGGACAGGAAGAAAAUCCGCGCCGGGCUGUGGGUCUCCGCUGACGGACUUCGAGUGGUGGACGAUGCCACCAAGGACAUGAUUGUGGACCAGACGAUUGAGAAGGUCUCCUUCUGCGCCCCGGACCGCAACUACGACAAAGCCUUCUCCUACAUCUGCAGGGACGGCACGACGCGUCGCUGGAUAUGCCAUUCCUUCAUGGCCAUCAAGGACUCGGGCGAGCGGCUGAGCCACGCCGUGGGCUGCGCGUUCGCCGCGUGCCUCGAGCGCAAGCAGCGGCGCGAGAAGGAGUGCGGCGUCACCGCCACCUUCGACGCCAACCGCACCAGCUUCACCCGCGAGGGCUCCUUCCGCGCCAACGCCGCCAACGCCGCCAACGCCGCCGGCGGCGCCGGUGGUGCCGGUAGCGCCGUGGCGGGCGACAGGCCCGGCGACGAGGUGGCGGGGACGACGACGACGACGACGAUGAUGAUGGUGGCGGUGACGAUGACCGGAGCAGCGACGCACGAGCGAGCGUCGAAGGCGUCUCCCAUCGAGAGAGCCAUGGCAGCGAUGUCGGAGGUCGGCAACUCGGGAUCGGUGGUGGGAGGGCCGCCCCCCGCGUACCCCUCCCCCUCCUCCUCACCCUCCUCCUCCGUGGCCGGGCGCGGUGGCGGCGCUUCCCCAGCGGCGGCCCCGGCGGCCCCAGCGGCGCAGGCGGCGUGGACACCGGGGGAACCGCCGCCCCCUCACGCCGGGGGCCACAACCCCCACGCCAUCCCCCGCAAGCACGCGCCGCUAGAGCAGUUGGUGCGGCAGGGCUCGUUCCGCGGGUUCCCCGCGCUGGCGCAGAAGACGUCUCCAUUCAAGCGGCAGCUCUCGCUGCGCGUCAACGACCUCCCGAGCACGCGGCAGAGACACAUGGACUUCCAGGACGAGCUGACGGAGCCCGAGUCCCCGUGCCAGGGCGACGCGGACGAUGUGAGCGAGCUGUGCGGGCAGAUGUCCGGCACAGGGCUGCUGGGGCGAGGUCACGACCUCCCCGCGGCUUCCGGCUCCAUGCAAGGUGAGGCGCACCGCGACGGGCCGCCGUACCCGCUGCCCGGCACCGCCCGCGACAGCCUGGACCACCACCACCAGCGCGCCGUCUCGUGGGGGCCGUCGGCCUCCCUGCCCCACGAGGGCACCGCCGUGGGGCAGCCCCGGCCGCACCACGCGCCGCUGUCGUCGUCGUCGCCGCCGCUGGGCCACCGGCGCACGGCGUCCGAGGCCGAGCGCUGGCUCGACGAGGUCACCAAGGCCGUGGCGGCGCAGGCUCAGCCGGCGCCUGCCGGGGGUCAAUCCGUUUGGCGGGGUGGCGGCGCCGGUGCGCUCCCCGUAUGCCUCAGCAGCUGCGCUCGCUCAUAA